AUGGACGACGCCGAUGACGAGAUUAUCAUGGCAGCCGCCGACAAAACGAAAAUCGCGGCCCUGGAGAAGAAAUUACAUAAGAUAACCCAAAAACUAUCUUCCGCAAAUGUAAAUGAUCAAGAUAAGGACGACUCCGACAACGAUGUUAUUAUGGAACCUGCUGAUGAACAUACAAGAAUCGCGGCCCUGGAGGCCGCACUGAAUAAACUGAUGGAAAAAUUAAACGAACCAUCGAGACUGCAAACCCCACCACAAGAGGUACAACCGAGUGGGUCGUCCCCACAGCAACGGAACGAGCAACCCAGCGAGCCGAACCCACAGCCAGAAACAGAGACACAGUCGUCGAGCAAAAAAUCGAGCCCACAGUCGCAAGAACCAUUACAAGAGCGGGAUAAAAAUAUACCGCGACGCUGGGAAAAGAGUUUUCGCAAAAAACGCAGAUUAAAUGAAUGGCGUGGACGAGGUGGACAAGGCGGACGAGGUGGACGAGGCAGAGGGUUAUCCAAAUACUUUUAUUUUAACAUUCAUUAA